CCUCUUCUAGACGAAAUGACGUGCAUUUUCUUCCCACACGUGUCAGUGAGAACUAUUUAGGACCUUUUAAAGCAUCAAGGCCCUAUAUUGUUCAUAUCUGACGCUUGUUAAAUCUCCUCCCCUCUUGACAUUAACUAUUGUUGAUGGUUGAGUAAUCUUGUUCUCGACGAGAAUCUUAUACCAUAUCUGAGAGACCGCCCCAUAAUACUAGUAGGGCGUCCAUCCUUAUUUACUUUUUCUUUCUUCUUCACCCACCCGUCUCUACAGUCGGCAAUUGCAUCCAACCUCCCUUCCGGUCGUUAUUCCAUAAAUUCGUCAUGUCAUGGACGAGAAAGCCUUUCAGUCACCGGACACAGGCAUCGGCCAUUCCAUAGUGGUGGACGAUAGCGAAGAAAAUGCAAGAGCACUACAAGCUUGUGAAUUAAAUUCAGACCCGGAGUCUGAUACUGAUUCCGAUGGAGGACACUCAAUAAAAUCGACCAGAUCUUUUGAGGCUCAUAAUCUAGAAUCCAUCAUCGAGAAUGAUCGCAAGUACUGCAAUGAAACAUACUUUAUGCCCAACGACGAGACCGAAUACACCCGCUUGAAUAUCGUUCAUCAAAUAUACCUAAUCCUGCUCGACGGUAGCUUGACAACUGUCCCGAUACCAAAAGAUGCAUGCCGAAUCCUAGAUAUUGGAACCGGUCCCGGGAAUUGGGCGAUUGAGAUGAGCGGGAUGCACCCCAAUGCUACUAUAAUCGCCUCGGACAUUGGUAUAUUUGACGCUGGGCUGGGCCACAUCAAUCUCCCGAACGUAUACUUCCAGCUCGACGACGCUCGAGACGAAUGGACGUAUCAUGAACCGUUCGACCUGGUUCAUUUGCGCGGCCUUUCGGGAGCUUUCCAGAACUGGGACACCAUCUACCAACUAGCAUUCAAACAUCUCACACCCGGGGGAUAUAUUGAAAUUGCCGAUACCGAUCCAGCCGGCGAUACCGUAACCUUCCCAAACUCGGAAAGUUCCUACCUGAGCAUCUACGCGUCUGCCAUGCGAUCUGCCGCCGAGGAAGCGGGAUACCCACGAGACCUGAGCCACCUGCGCACUAGCAAGCUUAACGCGGCCGGGUUUGUGGAUGUCCGGGUUCUGGAACGAACAAUCCCUAUCGGCCUGUGGCCUGACGACCUACAAGAGAAGACCCUGGGCAAGAUGGCGUUGAUCGCCUUCCUGGAAGGGGUGGAAGCUUAUAGCCUGCGCCAACUCACCUCAACCGGCGGUUGGACUGCAGAGGAGGUUCGAGAUCUUUGCGAAAAGGUCAAGGGAGAGCUGCUGACAGCGAACCGGAUGACCGCUCGUGUUCGAAUUAUGACCGGUCGAAAACCCAUAUCCCGUGCCGAAUUGAAAGAAGAACGCAGGAGACGCGUUCUCAAGAGAGCAUUAGAAAAGGUCGAAGAGUACGAUCAUUAUUCAUGACAUGCUCAUUGGACUCAUUUAUAGGCAGGGAAAAGUUGUUGCUUGUGUUUGAUGCCACCUGAUGACUAUACCAUUUGAUAUCCAGCGUUUUUUACAUUUCUUUAUUUUGUGCUCAUUUCUUCCUUUCUUAAACCCCAGCCUUUUGGUGGGUAUGAUACCUUUGGAUAUAUAUUGUUUUUUAAGAGCCCUUUUUUCAUUCAGCUUUACAGCCUGAAUGGUCACAGUUACAUAAAACCAUGGCCUUUGACCUGUACAUCAUACUAAGUAGUCACAUUAUCUACAACAGCAUAGGUAUUUGUCGACAUAAAACAGAUCAAUAUGACCCAGUAACAAGAGAGAUAAGAAAAGCCAAAACCAAGU